UGAGUCUUGACGUCACUGAGGCGCCCUGGCUCUCCUGAGCCGCUGGUACUGCUGGCAAAACGAUGGAAAAAUCAGAUAGACAUCUAUCGAAUAAUUAACAUAUAAUGACGGGGCUUGCAACCGAUUUCCAAUUGUCAGAGGAUUCCGUAUUGACGCCGAUUUGAGCUCCACCGCACCGGACAACGAGAAAGAUUGGUGUCACAAUUUGAAACACUGGAGAGCUACUGUUGGAAGAAGAAAGUCUGAAGAGCUUCAGACCUAUGUUUUAGGAUGAACAUUGUGUCCACCGCCUCCAGCUGAAGCAGAAUCACCACUCCGAUUCACAGAAUCGGUAAAAGCACCCAAUCACACAGUUAGCAAGAAUACAGUCACCUGAGGACAGACUUCAGUUUCUCUGUGAGCCCCGUUCUUUUAUUUAGCUGAAGAUGUACGGUAGUGCCCGCUCUGUUGGCAGAGGGGAUGCCAAUCAUAGUGGAGGAAGAGAUGGAGGUGGUACUGGUAAUCAGGGAUCUGGCCGUUCCCCUCGCCUUCCCCGAUCCCCUCGGAUGGGACACCGUCGCACCAACAGCACCGGGGGCAGUGGAGGGGGUCCUGGAGGGGCAGGAGGGAAGACGCUUUCCAUGGAGAACAUCCAGUCCCUCAACGCUGCGUAUGCCACCUCAGGACCGAUGUACCUGAGUGACAAUGAGGUUGCCUUGGCAAGUGAACACAUUCCCAAAAGUGGUGGGACAAUGACGACCAUGGGGAGACAGAGGGUGACAUAUGGGUCAAGGAGCAGCAACAGUGGGGUUGUAGCCGCUAGCACCCCCAACAUUUCCACCUCAGCUCCUGGCGGUGUUGUGCUGCCAUCAGGCAUGAUGGCAGGGGAUGCUCUAGCUUUUGGGGACCACCACAUGGCCUCCACUGUGCCCCACUCUCUAAGACAGGCUAGAGAUAACACCAUACUGGACCUGCAGGCCCAACUCAAAGAGAUUCUGCGUGAGAAUGAGAUGCUGCGGCGAGAAGUGGAAGUUAAGGAGAGCAAGCUCAGCUCCUCUAUGAAUUCUAUAAAGACCUUCUGGAGCCCAGAAUUAAAAAAGGAGCGAGCUCUCAGGAAAGAUGAGGUUUCCAAAAUCACUGUGUGGAAGGAACAAUACCGUGUGAUUCAAGAUGAAGCACAGCAUCUCCAGAUGACUGUUCAGGCACUCCAGGACGAGCUGAGGAUCCAGAGGGACCUGAACCAGUUGCUCCAGCAGGACCCUUCCAUCCAAGGCCGGGACCUGUCCCUGUCAUCUGAACCUACGGAGGAGAACUAUCGGCGGCUACAGGCAGAAUACGAGAGGCAGGCCAAAGAGCUCUUCCUCCUUAGAAAGACCCUGGAGGAGAUGGAGCUGAGGAUUGAGACACAGAAGCAAACCCUGGGGGCCAGAGACGAGUCCAUCAAGAAACUUCUGGAGAUGCUGCAGAGCAAAGGGCCCUCUGCAAAGGCAUCAGAGGAGGACCAGGAGCGGACCAGGAGACUGGCGGAUGCAGAGAUGCACAGGCAUCACCUUGAGAGCUUACUGGACCAGAGAGACAGAGAGAUUAAUGCACUAAGAGAGGAGCUGCACCGUCGAUACGAGGGAACCCCUGAGUCCACCAAAACAAAGGCUCUACAGACUGUCAUCGACAUGAAGGAUGCAAAAAUUAAUUCAAUGGAGCGGGGCCUAAGGGACAUGGAGGAGGAAUUGCUGAUGCUAAAAUCCAAUGGACUUCUGAGCUGUGAGGAGCGUCAGGAGGAGAUGAAGCAGAUGGAGGUCUACCGUAGCCACACGAAAUUCAUGAAGAACAAGAUGGAGCAGGUGAAACAGGACCUCUCCAGGAAGGACACAGAGAUGCUUGGUUUGCAGACCAAGCUAGAGACCCUCGCCAACCAGUUCUCAGACAGCAAGCAGCACAUUGAAGUCCUCAAGGAGUCCCUCACUGCCAAAGAGCAGCGAGCUGCCAUCUUACAGACAGAGGUGGAUGCCUUGCGCCUGCGCUUGGAAGAGAAGGAAACAACUCUUAAUAAGAAGAGCAAGCAGAUACAAGAAAUGUCAGAAGAGAAGGGCACUCUCAACGGGGAGAUCCACGACCUGAAGGACAUGCUGGAGGUUAAAGAGCGCAAAGUUAAUGUGCUUCAGAAGAAGAUUGAGAACCUUCAGGAGCAGCUGAGGGACAAGGAGAAGCAGAUGAGCAGUCUGAAGGAGAGAGUCAAGUCUUUGCAGGCAGACACCUCCAACACUGACACUGCUCUCACCACUCUGGAGGAGUCUCUUGCAGAAAAGGAGCGCAUCAUUGAGCGCCUAAAAGAGCAGCGAGACAGAGACGACCGGGAGAAGACGGAGGAGAUUGACUCUAACAAGAAGGAGCUGAAAGAGUUGAGGGAGAAGCUGAGCUUACUGCAGGGAGACCUGUCAGACAGAGAGACAUCUCUGUUGGACCUGAAGGAGCAUGCAUCAUCCCUGGCCUCCUCUGGGCUAAAGAAAGACUCCAGACUCAAGAGUAUGGAGAUUGCCUUGGAGCAGAAGAGGGAGGAGUUGCUCAAAGUGGAGAAUCAGCUCAAGAGGGCUCAAAACGCAACGCUUGAGGCUAAAGCCAACACUGAGCUGGCCGAGCGCAUUAAGAACCUCGAACAGGAAGUGGCUCGCCACAAAGAAGAUUCUGGGAAGGCCCAGGCUGAGGUGGACCGCCUGCUGGAGAUCCUUCGGGAAAUGGAGAAUGAGAAGAAUGACAAGGACAAAAAGAUAAAUGAGCUGGAGAAGCAGAUGAAGGACCAGACGAAGAAGGUGGCGUCUCUGAAGCACAAGGAGCAGGUGGAGAAGAGCAGGAACGCUCGACUGGUGGAGGAGGCCAGGAAGAGGGAGGACAAUAUGUCUGAAAGCUCUCAGCAGGUGAAGGACACUCUACGCCAGAAGUCAGAUCGCAUCGAGGAGCUGGAGGAGGCGCUGAGAGAGAGCGUUCAGAUCACCGCAGAGCGAGAGAUGGUGCUGGCUCAGGAAGAGGCUGCCAGGUCGCACCAGGAGAAACAGAUGGAAGAGCUGCUGGGGGCCAUGGAGAAAGUGAAGCAGGAACUGGAGUCCAUGAGGGCCAAGCUGUCCUCCACGCAGCAGUCUCUGGGUGAAAAAGAGACCCACCUUUCAACCCUGCGUGCUGAGCGCAGGAAACACUUAGAGGAGGUGCUGGAGAUGAAGCAGGAGGCACUGCUGGCUGCCAUCAGCGAGAAGGACGCUAACAUUGCCCUGCUGGAGUUGUCCUCCUCUAAGAAGAAGAAGACUCAGGAUGAGGUGGCUCUGCUGAAACGAGAGAAGGACAGACUGGUGCAACAGCUCAAACAGCAGACUCAGAACAGAAUGAAACUGAUGGCAGAUAACUACGAGGAUGACCAUCUGAAGACGGCUCCUGACCAGACAAAUCACAAACCCUCUCCGGAUCAGAUGAUACCCCCUCUUCUAGCCCUGUCCCAGAACCGCAGUAAGCUCAAGCUCUACAUCGCCCACCUCACGGACCUGUGCCAUGACCGGGAUCCCAGCAUCCUCAGCCAGCUCGCACCGCCCCCUCACUACCAUCAUAACGACCCCGAAGACUGGGAGGAGGAGCUCCAGAAGAUGAGUGUGGAACAGUUGGAGCGCGAGCUGGAGGUGUGUGAGAAGGAGAGCGGAGAGCUGCAGGAAUAUGCCAACUCUGUCCUGCAACAGAUCGCAGACUACUGCCCCGACAUCCUGGAGCAGGUGGUUAAUGCCUUGGAAGAGUCAUGCUGACCACUCUGACCUCAGGCACCAGCCGGAUGACCUCUGGUCUUCACGUAAUCUGUAGCUGAGCCCAGGUGCCCCUACCUCCGCUGAACCAGGCUCCUGGAAGGAUGAGAGAAAAGCUAGCGCAUUAUCUCAACCGCUGAGCUUUUUCUUCCUCGCUCCCCUUGUCCACCCUGGAACAAACUUUCACAUCUACAAAUUGCUUUCCUGUCUCAUGUGUCUCUCUGUCAGACCUGUAAAAUCAAAUGAGUGAUGUUCACAAAAUGUUGUCAAAUAUGGCACUUUGAGCAAAUAUCAGAUUACACACUGCAAACGGGGGACUUUUUGAUGAUGAAUGGUGGGAAAGACACUACACACCUAAUUCUAUAUCAGGCAAGACCAACAUACUGGGGGUUUGUAGAAAAAGCUAAAAGCUCACCGUAUGCAUUUGUGAACGCGCCAAAAUUUGAUUAUCACUUGUAGUAUAAUAACAAAAAUAUUGCACACCUGUUAGUCUGGGACAGGUACGUUGGGAGAGAAAGGAUAUCCGAUGAAAGAAGCAAACCUCCGCACAAAGUCUCGGAGCAUACUGCCAACCUUCCUCUCCCUAGACGUUGUCAUUCACUGCAGGAACUGCUAGAUAAAGCACAGUUACCUCACCCACAGCUAUCUCAGUCUUUCACCCUUUAAACUCCUCUUGCAUAUUUUUAGGUAAGAGUAUUCCUCACAUGGGGCAGGAAAGCACUUUUUGUCUUAGAAACAGGGAGCUGCUACAUCAAGAGGGGAGCAGCGAGGAGCUCAGUUCAGUGGGUGACUCAUGGAGCCAUGUAGAUGCUUAGUUUGUAUUGCAGUCAGUGUUCGCUAACUAGUAGGUUGGAGACACUAGUUAGAAGUACAGCUACUGGUGGCUGAACAUCUCAACACUUAGGAAAUGCCACUUUUUAACCAAAUAUAAAUUCAGCAUGUUCUCCAAAUGUUUCCUCUCCCAGCUUGGAGCUGUUAUUGUAGCCAGGAUUAAGAGGUAGGUACGUUUUACUGUGUAGGCUGUGGCUGGGUCACUGGCAUGAGAGGGGAUUAAGCCUGACCUUUGACAUAGAUCAAAGGCCAGCUUUCAGUUACACUAUGUUGUGAAAUAAAAUGAGAGGGAAAGGGGGGGAAACAAAAAAAAGCUUUUACUCUCUGAGAUGUAUUAAUUAUUAGAUGGUUUUGCACACAACGUCCACUUGUUUAUGAGGUAUGCAAUGUUUCUUUUGAGAACGUUCUAGUGGCCUUGGAGCAUGCACAGAGAUCAUUACUGGACCUAAUGCAGGGAUAAUAGUCCUCUGUAAUAUUGGUGCUAAGGCAUGAUGUAAGAACUUGUGAUCUGAUCCACUGAUCAUUCAGUCUCAUCCAAAGUUUCUAUAGAUGUUACUUAAAGCCCACCUGUUCUUUAGUUUGUAGACUGAAUCACUGAAGAAUACAAGCAAUGCCCCCUUUUCUUGUAUUUUUCAGAUCACUUUCAAGUGCAAGUGAUGCCUCCUUUUUAUUGUAUUUUUUGAAAUAUUCAGGGCCGAGGUUUUUAAUUACCAAGUGCAUCUACAUUUACAGGAAAUGAAAGUCACUUUCAGCAUAUUUUGACUUUUUAGAUCGUUGUAAAUAACGUGAUAUUUAACACGUACAGUGACUGAAUAAAGGUAAUUAAGUGGAAGGUGUUGUGCAUUCUUUAAAAAAAUCUAAAGUUAAAAGCAGUGCAGUUGUCUUUUGUGUCUAAUUUUGUCUUCAGGACAAAAUGUGUGCGUUGUGACAGUACUGCCAUAACUGGGAAAAGUCAUGUUCUAUAGAGAUAUAAAUAUAUAUAUAUAUAUAAAUAUAAUACAUCUAUAUAAAAAUGUUUACUGUAUGGAUAUGCAUUGAAUGUUUGCACAGAAUCUUGAGAGCAAGCUGCUCUGAACAAAAUGACUGUCGAGUUAGUGUCCUCAGCAGAGACUGAGGAAAGAAGUGUCAAAAAAUCUUGUGUCAAAAAAAUGUGUGAACUACAAAUGUUUUCAAACCGUGACUGUGUGAUGGGAGAGUACUUUUCUUGCAUUUUCUAUCUGUCAUUUUUAUAUAUUUUCACCAUAUGGUGAUGUAAAUGUACUACCCUGAGAUUCCAGUGUUGUCUUUUCUUCUUACCUGUUAUGUCAGCAGUUUUUGUUGGUUGAUGUCAAAGGCAGACUUUGCCUGAUAAAUCAAAAUGAGUCUCCAACCAUCAUGACCCUCCUUCUGUUAUAACAUAAACAUAAUGAGGCAAUACAAAAUCUGGAAGCUUUCUAACGGCUUCCUGUGUACGUUGGGAUUUAAAGAUGCAUUUGGUUGGACUAACUGGGUUUCACUUUAAAAAAACCAUCCAUUGCUUUUGAAUGAUGUUAGUUGGAUCCUUGUUUUUGUAUGUCUUGUCUGUCAAACAUCUAGUCUGAAUUUUUUAACCCUUACCUUUCACCACUGGGUUAAAUUUUGUUAGUUUGAUUCCCCUUAUUUUGGCCUGUGUCCCUGCCCUUGCCUUAAUGUCUUGUCAUCUCUUUUUCUCGACUCUUUAUUGAGGAACACAGAGCUGAUUAAAGGGGCUUCUGUCAAAUUCAUGGUAUUUGUUUCUUUUGCAUUUGUAUAAGAAAUGUACUGCCUUCUGUCUGUUUGUGUUAAGAAUCAAACUGUAAAAAGGAAGCAAAACAGACAUGUUUGUGAGUUAUUUGGAUUUUGUAUGUAUGUAAAUAAAUAAAUUAUAAGCCUUG